GUUCGGAUUGUUCGAUUCGAUCUACUCUCUAUAAAAGUUUGCGCAAUCCCUGACCAGGGCAUCAGUUGUUUAGCGUAGCUCGGUGGCUUCACAUCAACCUCAACCACAACCGGCUCAUUAGCAGCAGCAGUAGCGGCAACAAAAUGAUCAGUGGAAAGUUCCCGGUCUUGCUCGUUGGGCUGGUGGUGCUAACGGUCGCCCUCCGCAGCACAUCCGCGCAAACCACCACCGCCAACGGUACCAAAGCAAGCGAAGCUGCUCCCGUAACCGAGGUAACGACGCAACCGCAGAACCCGGAGGCGACUACAACGGAGCAACCGUCGCGUAUCUUGACCGCACUGCGGCUCGAGAUCGAACGCCGCCGUAAGGAACGGCAGCAGCGGGAACAGGAACGCCGUGAACGGAUCCUCAGCAAUCUCGAUGGAUUGAGCGAUCGGAAGCGAGAGUUCGAGCUGCGCCGCCAAGAAGCCCAACUGGAUGCCGAAACGGCACGGGAAGCGCGCCGACAGGAGAUGGAAGCACGCCGUGCCGGUCGCUUGCCGGCUCGCGAACGGGAGCGUAUCAAUCGGCAACGGUUGGCUCUGCUAGCCGAGCAGACGGCCCAGGAGGAGAAUGAAAUCGAGAACGAUUCGCUACCGCUGCUGGAUGAUGUGGUAGAACCGAAGGAUGCUGACGUGGAUUCGAACGCCGGUGGUCAGCGGGUUCGCAAUCUGCUGCUGAUCGAAGAGAGCGACGGUAAUCUGCGGUUGAUCGAUCUCGAUACCGAGGAAGGGCAGCAGCUACUGCGUGAAGGCGAGGCAAAGCAGCGCGGUGAAGGUGAGGCCAACGAAGGUGGUGGUGAUCAGCAGGCAGCCGAACAGGUGCGCACCACAAGCCUCAAACUGAAGACGGGACAGCUGUAACGACCGCUGGUUGAUCGGUUGUACUCCUAUUUUAGCCAAUUCAUUCUACGUCUUAGUCUAUGUUUUCAUUCUCAUGUUUUGAAUUUUGCCAUCCAUUUCUGUAGUUUAGGGAAAAAAAGUACCUUUGUUUUAGCGACGAAUUACAAAUUUUGUUAUGUUUAUGUUUACUGAAAAAGAUUUCAAAAACAA